AUGCUCUGCGCACCCACGUCAUGGAAGUUUCCGAUGGAUGUGAUGUCAUGGACAGCAUCAGCACUUUUUGCACGCCGCCGGCAACGUGGUGUCUGUAUCAUAAGUGGGACUGGCACUGUCACAAAUGUCACACUCCGGCAACCUGCCUCGCCAGGGGCAGUUGUGACAUUACACGGGAGAUUUGAGAUUCUGUCGUUGUCUGGUUCUUUCCUGCCUCCACCAGCACCGCCUGCGGCUACGGGGUUGACUAUUUACUUAGCUGGUGGUCAAGGGCAGGUAGUAGGUGGCAGUGUAGUUGGAGCACUUUUAGCUGCGGGGCCGGUGGUUAUCAUGGCGGCAUCAUUUAGCAACGCCGCCUACGAAAGACUCCCUCUUGAAGAUGAAGAAAGUACUCUGCCGAUGCCAGGUGGCUCACUUGGAUCUCCGGGAGCCAUUACACCAUCAUCACAACAACAACAGCAAUUAAUGGGGGAUCCAUCGCUAUUUCAAGGCAUGCCACCCAAUCUACUCAACUCAAUUCAGUUACCAAAUGAUGCUUAUUGGGGUAACAACGGUGGUGGUCGUCCAUCUUUCUAA